GCCUUUCUUCCGCACUGCCUCAGCGAAACGUUGAAAGUGAUCAUCGAUGCGCAAGCUGCAGGAACUUUGAGCGUCUCAACCUUCACCGCCCCGUUGUGUAAUUUAUUCCUGGCAGCGAUCGCAGGUGCGUUCUUUUCCUCGCUGCGGGGUGCAUGUUUCAUCAUCAUCGGAGCCAGAGCCUCCGUUCGUCUGCGGCAACAGUUGUUGGAAUCGCUCCUGAAGCAGGAGGUGGGUUUUUUUGAUACCACCAAGACCGGAGAGAUCACCUCGCGUUUGACGCAGGAUUGUCAGCGCGUUGCUGAUCAAGUGUCCUUCAACGUGAAUUUCUUCUCAAGAACGGUUGUCGAAUUGGUGGCAACAUUAUGCUUUAUGCUGUCCUACUCUGUGGAGUUGACCAUGAUUAGUUUCCUCACGGUCCCAGUGGUGGCCUAUUUGUCCAAGCGUGUGGGACGGUACAUGCAGCAGCUUUCGGAGGCGACGCAGCAGAAAUUGGCGGAUGCCAACGCGGUGGCCGAGGAGGCACUAUCUUCCAUUGCCACAGUUCGCACCUUUGGUGGAGAAAGCUAUGAGAAGAAACGCUACGAGGAGAACUUGCAAAAGUUCUACACUUUGGAAAGCCGUCGUGCAAAGGUCUACGUUGGCUACUUAUUUGUGAUCAUGAUGCUGCCGCACCUGUCCAACUGCCUGGUUUUGUUUCAGAUUGGGCGCUUGUGUGUGCAGGGCUUGUCGGCGCCGGUUCUCUUGGCCUUUGUUUUCUAUCUUCAAACUUUGAAUGGAUGUUUCAAUUCACUGGCGGAUAUCUACACCAACAUCACCCAAGCCUUAGGUUCGGCUUCGCGGGUCUUUGAGCUGGUCCACCGGAAGCCAAGGCAGUUGCUGGUGCCAGUAACACCGGUGCCCAGUCCUGAUGUGAGAGGGCAUUUGGAGCUGAAAAACGUGGACUUCAGUGUGGACUGGCAGACCAGUCGUGCUCCUAUAGAUGCAUUGUCUCCUAUCAGAGCCAGGUGCGCCUUGCAGAAGCAGAAUCUGCUCAACUCGCAGAUCGAGCGCCUUCCAACUCCACGAGCCAAGCCCAUGGAGACCUUUCGAGGUGAAUCUAUGACCCAUGAGACCGCGGAGAACAUUUUGGUGGGCCACUUUGAGCCCAACGACCAUCCCCACAGUUGGCUUGUCGCGGCAGGAUCGAACCCUGCCUAUGAGCAGUUUGCGCUACAGUACCAGCUGUGGUACAAGGGCUCCGGAAGGAACACGUUUUGGUACCAUCCAACCUUCCUGGUGGAGGCCCUGGAUGGUGCUAAGAUUUGGCGAACUCGUGACUACCGGGUAAGGCCUGGCAUGUGGGACUUCUCGGUGGUGGACAAUGGCAUUAUCUCAGAGGAGCGGUGGCAUUUGCUGGGAGCGGAUGACAACUUGGAAUGGUGUGUGCUGUUCUAUGUUGGUGUUGCGCGUAAAGCUGGCUUGUCAUAUCGCGGAUGCUUGGUUUUGACCCCAGAGGGCCAAAUGCCUGGUCCAGAACAUGCAGAGUCAGUUGAGUCAGUUGAGCUGUCAGCCGAUGUGGUGCAGCUGGCGCAUGCUGGCGCCAUGGGCCAUGGGCGGUUUGAGGUGGAUCCUGCCAAUCCUCCACCACUCAUAGCGCCUGGCCUUGGAAAAUGCGGCUUGUCCUAUCGGUUUGGCAAUGCAAUGGAUCCUCCCAUGCCUGCAGCAGUGAAAACACAGCGAAGACAAUUGGGUUGGUCGACCAAGGAGCAGGAGAUCAGUUGCUUUGGUGCCAUCUGCAGCAUCCCGGAUCUGGGUCUGGAGUCUGAAGAUGUGAUCAUCUCAGUGGAUGCUGCAGGAUUGGAUGGAAGCAGACAGAUGCUGCUUCAGUCAUUGGCCCGUCCAGAUCUAGGCCUCACUGUCUUGCUCCUGGACAGCAAUGGCCAGAUCACAGGUGGAGAUGAAAGCUGGACACCUGGCACGACGCCCAUCAUACGUGCCAAGCGGUGCAUCGACCCUCCGGCCCCGCCUCCGCGGCCGCCUCCCGGCCCAGCCUCGCCGCGGCGACGUGUGACCUCCAAAUCUGUGCGGGUGCCGGAGCCCGAUGCCGAACCCCCAGCGGAUGAGGAAACAGCAACGGCGGCACCGGCAGCACCGGUUCCAAAAGAGGAACUGUUGGGAUUUGGAGUGGUGGGUGGAAGUGAUCUCCCAGAUACAGAAGAGGUCAGUGCUUGCAUGCCAUUGCCAACCGGAGAUGAAGCAACAGGUCGUGUUCUUCCAGGAGACCAGCCCCCACGUGCUACUCACGCGGGUGGCAUCGGCCGCUCAGCCGGGACCAAGAUGUCGAAGUCAAAAGUGCAGGCAGGGUACAAGAAGUCCGAAUCCAUGCGACCAGAUGAAGCCACAGGAAAACCCGGAGCCAAACUCGAAGGAAGCAUCAUGAGCACAGGAACCAGCACAGGAACGACUGUGAAUUCAGCAACCGCUGCGGCCGACCAAGAACGCCUAGUUUCGGCAGCCGUGGCUGGUGAGGUGGAUGACGUCCAACAGCUUUUGGGACGCGCUGGAGUUCGCAUUGAUGGACUAGUUGAGGAAGGGCGCCAUGCAAAGCUGACAGCUUUGAUGGCAGCUUCAGCCCGUGGGCGUACGGAGGUGGUCCGGGUGCUACUGAGCAGGAAAGCUGGCAUCGAUGUCAGAGAUGCCCAGGGCUGGACUGCUUUGAUGCAUGCAAUUCAUGGACAGAGGAUCGACGUUUGCCAGCUGUUGUUGGAUAACAAAGCAGAAUUCCAGCACGUGGAAGGAGGAUCUCCUCUAAUCCUGGCAGCUUCAGGGGCUCGGUACGAAUUCUGCAAAAUGCUUGUAGAGAAGAAGGUUGCGCUGUCGGUACCGGAUUCCGAAGGAUGUACAGCUUUGCAUCAUGCGGCUCGCAGGGGUCGUGGUGCAGCAGUAGCAACAUUAUUGGCUGCUCGUGCCAAGCUGGAAAAGCAAGAUGCCCAAGGCCACACCCCGCUGAUUGCAGCUGCAGCAGCAGGACGCGCAGAUACAGUCCAGUUGCUUCUGACGCAUGGUGCUGAUGCGAAGGCUUUGGAUGCUUCAGGAAGAGGAGCUAGAGAGCUGGCCAUUGCCUAUCAACAUGAUCGGGUCGUCAAGGUACUGCAAAAUCCUUAUGCUCAAAAAGGAGCUUGA